ACGCACCUAGCUACACAGCUUGAGCGGUCGUAGAGUGUGAAGUGUCAACGAUGAGGAGAUCUGUCCUCUCGCUGUGUUUCCAUUUGGCUCUUGUCAUUGCAUUGGUGGCAAAUGUUCCUGACCAUGCCAAUGGACGUGUGAUUGGUAUUAGAUUUGAUCCGAAGCCUACAGACCUCAAGCCUGAACCUGACCCAACACCGAAACCAGCACCAGAAACAAAGCCUACUCCACAGCCGAACCCUCAGCCAAACCCACAGCUGGAUCCAAAACCAACACCACAGCCUGACCCAAAACCAGAUCCUCAGCCGAACCCACAGCCCGACCCGAAGCAAGAUCCCCAGCCGAACCCACAGCCCGACCCAAAACCUACGCCACAACCCGACCCGAAGCAAGAUCCUCAACCGAACCCACAGCCCAACCCGAAGCCGGCACCACAACCUAGUCCAAAAGUUGACCCAAGACCAAGCCCAAAGCCUAAGCCACAACCAGAGCCUAGCCUAAAACCCAAGCCAGAGCCGAGCCCUAGCCCUAAGCCCAAACCUGAACCAAAACCUGAGCCACAGCCUGAUCCUAAGCCAGAGCCCAAACCCCAGCCAGAUCCAUCCCUACCAAAGCCACCUCCCAUUUCACCCGCUAUAGCUAUAAUUGUGCCUGAGAACUGAGUCAAUAUCGAGGAGUCGACUUGGCUGUUAGCAUGUAUUAUCCUCGUAUUACCUUUGGUGUCCACUAUUAUUGUAGUAUUACAUGUAUGUGCUCUUCACUUGUGUGUGCAUGCAGUUAUGUAUGUUUUUAUCAGCCUCUGUCUGAGCAGGUACGCUUUAGUGUAAAGCAUAUGCACGUGUGUUAUGUUUGUGUUACAUAUGCUAUCAAUAAAAAGAGCAGGCAUCCCUGUGUCUGUGUGUCGGUAUUUUUAGUCUA